AGGGGAAGAAAAAAAAAUCAGAAACUAAGGUUGGUGAGGAAACCAAGCAAACCAUCAAAAUUACAUAACAUAGUAAUAAUUAACAAAAAGGCAUCAAAGCAAGUAAACAAUCUUCUAAUAUAAACCCAACAUAGUCCAUUUUUCUCAUAGAAAAAAAAUCAAGAGAGAAAGAAACAUAGCCACUAGUUCUGUCUCUGUAUCUGUGUCUCUGUCUCUCUUGUUUGAUUCUCUUUCUCUUUCUCUCCCCCUUUGAAACUUUGUAUUGAGUCUCAUCUUGUUGCCUUCUUUUGAUCGGAGUAAUGGGCAUACCCUGCCGUUGUUCCCACACCUCCCAAUCCCACAUCACUGAAAUCAUCAUCACCAGUUUCUUCCGCCAUAAGUCUUAGAUCUUUAAUCAUUCAUUCCUAGCUAGCUUGUAGCUAUAUACCUAUUAUGGCACGUUAAGAUAUAAGAAAGAAAAAAGAAGUUUAACUUUAGUUGAAUUUAGCUUUGUGAUCAUAAAUUUAUAUAUAUAUAUGGCGGGUGGGAGAGUUUUUUCAAAUGGUCCUGCAAAUAUUUCAAAUAUAAAUAUGAAUAUUUUGCUUCAGAAUCAACAACAAACUCCUCGUGGAAACUCUUCUCAACAACCUCUUGAUUCUCUUUUCCUUUCUUCUUCUGCUUCUUUCUUUGGUUCAAGAUCUAUGGUGAGUUUUGAAGAUGUUCAAGGAAGGAAAAGGCGCAACAGGUCUUUCUUUGGAGGAUUUGAUCUUGACGAAAACGGAGAGGAUGAGAUGGAUGAGUACUUUCAUCAAUCCGAGAAGAAACGGCGUCUCUCAGUGGAUCAAGUUCAGUUUCUUGAGAAAAGCUUUGAGGAGGACAACAAACUUGAACCAGAGAGGAAAACCAAGCUAGCUAAAGACCUUGGUUUGCAGCCACGGCAAGUUGCUAUUUGGUUUCAAAACCGUCGUGCAAGGUGGAAGACUAAACAGCUUGAGAAGGAUUAUGAUUCUCUUAAUGAUGGUUAUGAGUCUCUUAAGACAGAGUAUGACAACCUUCUCAAAGAGAAAGAUAGGUUACAAUCUGAGGUGGCAAGCCUAACUGAAAAGGUACUUGAAAGAGAGAAACAAGAGGGAAAAUUCAAACAAGGUGAAAGUGAAACAAAGGAAUUCUUGAAGGAACCAACAAUUAAUAAGCCUUUGGUUGAUUCAGUUUCUGAGGGUGAAGGAUCCAAAUUGUCAAUUGUUGAGGCUUCUAAUAAUAAUAAUAAUAAUAACAAACUUGAAGAUAUUAGUUCAGCAAGGAGUGACAUAUUGGAUUGUGAAAGUCCACGCUACACUGAUGGAGUGUUAGAGACAUGUGAUUCUUCCUAUGUAUUUGAACCUGAAUAUCAAUCGGACCUAUCACAAGAUGAAGAAGAUCACAAUUUAUUGCCUCCUUACAUCUUUACAAAACUUGAAGAUGUGAAUUACUCCGACCCGCCACAUAAUUCAACAAGUUAUGGAUUUCAAGAGGAAGAUCAUCAUCAAGCUCUUUGGCCUUGGUCUUAUUAGAUAUGAUAUGAUAUGAUGCAUUUAUCUUUCUUUCUUUGUAAUAUGCAUGUAUCUUUUCAUUGUGUUUAUUAGUAUUUACCCUUUUUGUGCAAAGUGAGUGAGUACUGUACUAAGUUGUGUGCGUAAUAAAGUUAGAGCAAUGGCAAGUUGAAAACAUUUCAUUUCAUACCCGAAAUGGGUGUGGCUCUUGUAGGAUAGAAAUGGCGGCUUUUAUACCCCAUUUUGUUGCAUUGUAAAUUAAUGAAACUUUUGGAUCUAAUCCAACAUUUAAAAGAAUUAA